AUGAGCGAGCACCCGGGUGCACCCCAUGUGUCCGUCGCAACGAUUACCGCGGCGGAUCAUGGUGGUGCUGCCCCCGCCACCGAUAACGGCGGGAGGCUUCCCGGUCCCUGCGCUGUCAGGGCCCUGGUCGAUGAAGCCAUUGGGUCGGAAGCAUCCGCGCGUAUCGCCACCGAUAUUCUGGCGAUCGCGCAGGGUGUGUCCAACACCCAAGCCGACCUCGAUAUUCUGAGGAACGGCGUCUCGGACAUUGCUGAAGCACUUGAAGACAAGAUCCGAGAAAUGUGGGAGCUUCUACAGGCCGAGAUGAGGAAGGAGCGUGAACUACACACGAUCUUUCAGGACUCCGUCCGCGAAAGGCGGAUUUCGGACCAUGAAACUCUUGAAGAGCAUUUUGCGAGGCUCAACUCGAUGGUCAACGAUCGAUUCAUUGAGUUUGAUGAGCGGAUCCACCGAUUCAACGAAAAGCGUGCUGGAUCGAUAUCCAUGCAGCUUGCUGAGACGAUCCGCCACAUCAAGCAUUACCCUGAUGCGCUGCAGCAAAUUCAGAUCAAUAUCUCAAAUGCUGAGGCGCGUAUCGCUACGGUUGAGCAGAAUGCUACUCACCGUAUCGAGGUCAUUAGAACCGAAAUGAGCCGUGCUCUCUACGAUCAUAAGGAGAGUAACCGUGUGCUCAUCGAUCAGCUCACUGCUCGCAUUCAGCAUCUUGAGAGUUCUCAUGUCCGCAGGGGUGGUUCUGACAUGUCGACACCUUCGCGUCCGGAACGGACGCAGUUCUUCGACAUCAGUGACCAUGAUGGGGAUAUCCCACGUCCCGCGGACUUGCCGCCAGUUCCUGGUGCUCUAUUCCCUGGCGGACCGACUACAGCCAUUCCGAGAUCUUCUUUGUUGGGUCCGAUUGAUCAUGGCUCUCCGCCGGGAUGCAAUGCUGCGCCUGCUGAAAAGGCCUCAACGGUGCACUCUCAGACGAGUGGCAUCAAUCUUGAUGACAUUCUGAGGCGCGCGCAGCAACGGGUCGCUGAUGAUCAUCCUCCUGAAAGUCGCGGGCAAAAUAAUCCUGUUGAGCCCGUCCGACAAAAUUAUGGCCAAGCGUCUGCCUCUUUUUCAGGAAGAUCUCCGAUUCCGACCGUUCCGUCCACAAAUGCCGCCGGAACGACAUCCGGCCAAGCUCCGAGUGUCAGACCCUUCCCUGUCGAUGAUGAUCUGGCCAUUCGCAGUGGCGUCCGCUAUGACCCUGAAACCCAGAGAUUUGCUCCAGAGCCCAAGCGGAGCCCUACAUUUCCGUGCCAGAUCUCAUAUGAUACGCGAACUGUUCCGGCAGGAAAGGGACCUUCAAGAUGGUAUGAUGCAAUGCUUGGCCGAUCCAAUCUCAUUGGCAGCGGUUCUGGUGCACCUGUUCUCCAAAGCGAGACUGGUACCUUCACGCUAGCACCGAGCGCAAGCGUCACUGGGACACUUCGACCUGCUGCCACUGAUGAUGUCGAUGGAUGGACUAUGCCUCCGAUGCCCACCUUUAAUGCUAGAACAUCCGCCCCUGCACCCAGUGCUGCGCCAUCCGGAUUAGGCGGACCGCCGCCCGCGCAUGGCGGUGACGGUGGUUCUUUCGGUGGUGGUGGCCCCAACGAUAACGGGGGUGCAUAUGGUGGUGGUUUUGGUGGACAUGGACACCAUGGGUCCGGUUUCCGCCCUGGUGGCGGUGGUGGACCACCCAGUGGCCCGCCCAGUGGCCCGCCCGGUGGUGGUGGCCCUCCUGACGGGAAUGGCCCGCCUGAUGGUGGACUUGAUCCGCCUAGCAUCAGGCCCUCCGGCCGGCCGAGUGGGAAUGAUACUUUCCAGUGCGAGCGCUGCGCCGGAACUUUCCCAACCACCGUGCGGCGAUCGUGCAUAUCUUGCCGAUUCUCGUGUUGCAAUGGAUGUUGCCGAGAUCCUUUGAGAAUCUGUCUCGUGUGUCUUGAGAGACAGACUGGGAAUCCGCCCGGUCCCAACGAUACGGGAUUCGGUGGACCCAAGGGCGAUGGAUCGCUGAGCGAGGCUAAGAAGGCGAAAUGCAAGUCCUUCCGACUCGAUCCCGAGCCGGAGCCCGCUCAGCUGCGGCGCUGGAUCGUCGACAUGAAGGAGCGAGUUGCAAAUGCAUUCGCAUACGAUCCCGGAUACGCACUCUCGUGGGUUGAGAUUCCCGAUGGUACACGAUAUGAAGACCUUCUUGAUGAGUGCAAGUACGGAAUGCUUGAGAAUGAGUGCAACUCUGCAUUCCGCGAGUGUGUAAAAUCCAUUGCACUAAAGAAUAAGAUCCAGACCGAAACCGAGCGCAUGCAUACGAUAAAUCGGCGACUCGGCAGUAGGCAGAUCUUGUGGUUGUUGUAUGAUUUCCUUCGACCACAUGUCACUGGCGAUUCGACCUUCAAGCUCGUCGAUCUGAUGAAGACCACGAUUGAUCGGUUUACUCAUGGAUCCGAGCAGGAGAGGCUAGAAGCCUUCUCCAAUCGGUGGGAUCAUGUUCUCGCUGGUAUCUCAGUCGAUCGUCCCGAGGAUCCUGUUCUCUGCGCACUCUUCUAUGAGCAGGUACGUGAGUUCCGCUGUCUCGAGCUCGAUAUGCAGUUGUGGGACAGGGACGUGUCUGUCCGGAACUACGCGUAUUUGCGGACUGUCUGCGUCAAUGCGAUUACAACUUGGCGCCGGCGUCGCAACCAGGAGAAGAUGUACACCGCUACUCGAUCCACCUCUGCGCAAAGACGGUAUGCUGCGCUCGUCGCCCAGACGAUCCUCCCCGAGGCGCGGUUCGCCGAGGCGAUACUCGCCGCGCAGUCCGGGAAGGGCCGCUCCUGCUCCGACGCGCCCUGCAUCACGAUCUCCACGAGGGCAAUGACAGCAUCCUCCUUUGGAGACUUUGCGUUCGCUUGUGCAGCAUCAUUCGAUAUGGCAUGUCCGUCAGUCAAGCGGAAGACAGUGUCGUUUGGGAACACUGAGACCCGCGUGAUAGAGUCUUCUUUCCCGGAGCCGGCCUUCGGCCCCGUCAAUCGCGAGAGGAAUUUGAGCUAUUCGUGGCCGGAAAAUAUCCGUGGUUUGAAUAGUGCUCGCGAGAGGCGAAGAGCCCAUAUGAAGGCUGUGCUGUGGCGAGAGCAGGUUUUGCUCGAUGACAUUGAUGCCAAAACGUUAGGAAAUGAUGCUUGUGUUCUUGAGCUCACGCUUUCUCAGCGGAGCGCUUGCGAAGUCUUUGCUGCUGCUGUCAAGUCUAUUAAGAGGGUACGGAGGCUCAUGCUUGACUCCGGUUGCGGUAUAGACCUUAUUGGUCUCGGUGAUUUAUCCCGUGAGGAAAGGGAUUUGAUCGUCCAGAAUGCAAAGAUCAGUCUUCGGACAGCCAACGGGAAGACCAACACCAAGGGUGUCGCGCAUAUGCGCAUCGAUGGUCUCGAUGAACUGAUUGAAGCUUAUGUGUUGGAAAGCACGCCAAGUCUCCUUUCCCUUGGGAAACGAUGUAAGGAGCUUGGUUAUCGAUUCAUUUGGGAGCCCUUUUGCGAUCCGAUAUUCUUUGAUCCGAAAGGGAAACGCCUCAAGGUCGACGUGAUCAAUAAUAUUCCCUACCUUGCUCCAAGUGAGACAGAGGUAGUGGCCGGCCGACCUGAUCUCCCUCGCGUGUAUCCGGCCCUCCCAGCACCGAUUAUCGUCCACGAGAAGGUCGUUGCAGCUGGUGAGGAGCCUGGCAGCGAAUUAGACGCUGUCGGAGAACUUGAUCUCGAUAUGCCUAACGCCAAGAGCGUUCAGAAGAGUGCACCUGACGAUAACAAGAAGGUGCCCGACAAGGGGUUUGAGAAGUUUGGCGAACACGUUACCAUCGAUACAAUGGUGUUGCAUGGGCUCGGCAAUCGCGGGAAUAAUGGGGAGACGGAUGCUGUCGUCUUUUACGAUCUAGCAACCGAGUGGCUGGAGAGCGUUCCCGUUAAGGGAAGAACGAAUGCCGAUACGCUCCGAGCAUUUCAGCAGGUCUUUGGCGAUCUUCGAGAUGUGAACUCGUGCUCCAUGGAUGUGGAGAGGAGGUAUGCACCUUCUGCGAUUCGGGAAAUCUACUGUGAUAAAGCCCGUGAGUUCAUAUCGACCUGCAAGAAAGUCGGCAUCUCUGUGAAGCAUUCCACGCCGGGAAUGCCUCGAACUAAUGCCAUUGCCGAGAGCAAGGUGAAGCUUGUCCUUCAUGGCGCACGUGUGGCGCUACGACAAGCGGGAUUGAGCGCCAAAUUCUGGCCUUAUGCAUGCAAGCACUUCUGCCAUGCUCGCAACAUCGAGUUGCGUGAGGGUCAGAGUGCCUAUGCGAUGCGAUUUAAUGGUGUUGAGUUUGACGGUCAGAUUCUGCCGUUUGGUUGCCUUGUUGACUUCUAUCCUACGCCGGCACGAAAACAGACCCGGCGGAGUCAGAGAGAUGAAGUCGUCCUCGGCGAUGGUGAGGAGUACGCCGUACCUGCGCCUGGGGCCGACGGACUGAUUGAUGUCGAAAUUGGUUUCGAUGACGAUGGUUAUUUAGAGUGGAUUGAUGACGGAGACAAUGAUCAAUCUAGCACUCUUCAGGGCGCCGAAGUUGAUCAACGCUUGUCGUCUUACCAACGCCCCAGUAAGUUCUCCCCUACGAGUAAGCCUGGUAUUUUUCUGGGUUAUCAUUUUGAGAACGGGGGCAAGUGGGACGGUGACUACAUUGUCGCCGAUUUGGAAGAUUUCAAACGCGAUGCGUUGCGCGCGAGCGUCCACCAGGUCAAGAAGAUAUAUUGCUCACCCAAGGAGCGAUGGACGUUCCCGAUGCUCGCUGUGUACGACAAGCAGACUCGAUCAAUGUGCAUCAACGAUCCUGCGAUGCAGUCUUGUGCGGCUCAAUCUAGUGAGCGCCUUGACGCCUCUGAUAUGCUCGAACUCGAAGAUAUCGAUGAAAUAUUUGCCCUCGACGAGCCGACCCGAAUGACCGAAGAAGAUGUUCGGCGGGCUCGUGAGGCCGAGUUGCGAGCCGAAUCUUCUCAUGGAGGAGGUGUCGACUACUGGGAAUAUGAUCCAUCGAGUCAUAAGUGGACUUAUCACGUAGUCGUCCCGAGAAAGGCGAUGAUUCAUCCCAGUAAGACUCCCGGAUCUCUUGGCGAGUCGCCUGAUCCGUGGAAGCUGAGCACAGUGCGUAUUUCGCAUGUUCAGUAUAAGGAUAAAAGUCCGGUUACGAUCUAUGAAACCGGCUAUGCCUUCGGCAAAACGAGACUGAUGCAACUCUGGACAGGCACUGUCGAAUUCUAUGAUGAUGGCUUUGCCCCAUCCAAGAAGAAGUUACCUCCUUACCAUGGGUCAGAGAUCCUGGAGGGCGAGGGGGGUUUGCCUUACCGUCAGAGUGUGCCACGCUCCGAGCGUGUCUACAGAGGGUCUCGAAAACCGAACUCUAUCGACUCCUCAUCCUGGCGCAGCAUGAAUCGCGCCGAACGGGAGGGAUAUGUCGAGGCUGAGCGCCGAGAAGCUGAGUCUCACGCCAUGUCCCGAGAGGAUUCUCGCGAUGCCGCUCCUAUCGACAUCGCUUUCGAUUCCGAAUAUGAGUCGGGACUGUCCUGUCGAUCCUGUGACCUUGACAGAUGUCAGGAUGACUAUGGCCAUGACCGAUGGCACGGAAUUUACGUUGCAGGAUUCAUGGAGAUCAUCCGAUGUGCGAUCUCUGCCAUGUCGAUGGUUCGAACCAGUCUGCCGAAUAACGACGGAACAGAGCGCCGAGUGCAAACAGCGAACGGCUAUUAUGGCCACGCCUUACGUGCGAAGGGACAGGAUGUGGCAGUGGUUCAGUUUUAUACUUCCGUGCUAGCCGCAGUUGACCUUGAUUUCACAGAUGAGGAUACCGGGGAUGGUACUUCUGCACCGGAACCCAAGAAGGCAUUUCCCGAGCUCACUUUUGGCGAUCGUGACACUACUGUCGCUCAUGGCUCUGUCGGUCCUCGCGAAAUCCGAAUGAUCAAGUACGAUAUGCGAUCUUUCAUGGAGCAAUGUGUCUCUCGCUAUGUCGAGCUCUGUGGUCCGAAAUACAAAGCCACCUUGCGGUCGGCUGACACGCCGUUUCUCGAUGAGUCACGACCGGAGUUCGAUACUAAUCCGGAUCGUCCCGAGGUGAACCGUUUGUUGGGCCAUCCCACCGAUACGCCUAUACCUCCUGGUAAGGGCGUUCUCGGUGACUGCGCUGCCGCUGUCCUGAUGAAAAUCUUGUAUGGUGCUCGCAUGGGGCGAUACGAUCUCAUCCGUCCUGUGCAGGCACUUGCUAGUCUCAUCACCAAGUGGGAUGGUUUGUGUGACAAGAAGCUCCAUCGUUUGGUGUGUUAUAUCAACUCCACCCUCGAUCUCAAUUUAUAUGGUUGGAUUGGUGAUGCGCCCGAGAUGUUAGAGCUUGUGCUCUAUUGCGAUGCUGAUCUUGCGGGCGACCGCACUGAUUCCAAGAGCACGUCUGGUGUCUUCGUGUGUCUUCUUGGCCCGCGUAGCUUUAUGCCUCUUAAUGCGCUGUCCAAGAAGCAGACUUCUGUGUCAAAGUCUACUCCCGAAGCCGAAAUUGUCUCCCUUGAUCACGCCGUCUAUAAACUGGGAUUGCCCGCUCUCUCCAUGUGGGAGUAUAUGUUGGGUCGUCGCUUCCGUUUGCGUGUCAUGGAAGACAAUGAAGCUGCCAUCCGAGUCAUUAUCACUGGUCACAAUCCUAAUAUGCGUCAUAUGUCCCGUACCCAGCGUAUCGAUAUUUCUGCGUUGAAUGAACGCUACCACGCUGGUGACUUUCUAUUUGUGACGUGUCCCUCUCAGUUUGAGGCUGGUGAUAUCCUGACCAAGGCCUGCACUGAUGCCAAAGUGACAGGUUGUAGCUGCCACGGGCUGCGAAUUUCUCCGCGCUGCCGCCGCUGCUGGACGAUGGGGGGAAAGAACAAGCAGCCACCGAAGAAGGCUGCCGCCAAGACACCGGCUGCCCGAUCACCUCAGCCGAAAUCUCCCUCGCCAUGCGGGGAAGGCCUUCCGAGCGGCCCGAUUGCGCCAACUACGGAAAGGCCUCCUGCUCCGCCGAUCCCUACGGAGCAGGACGCCAACAUGGGCGCCGAUGAAGCCCCAGUCCCGAUUCAGACCCCGAGAGAUGAGUCUACUGGGGGUGGGAAGCGCUCCGAGGACGUUCCGAUAGGAUUGAGGAUGAAAGCAAUGAUGCUGAAGAUCGGGGUCCAAGAGAUCCCACAGGCCUCAAUCUGGCAGCGCCUCGAACAGCUGGCAUGCAACUCUGGUUUCGACCUAAAGCUGCAUCAGCUAGUUGACUCCUUCCUCCUCUCUAAUCAUCCGCUUGCGGAUAAGCAGAGGAAGCAGUAUCCCCGAGAGUUUAUGGACUUCGUCGAUCGAUACAGGGUGAUGUGCGCUGUUGCAUUUUCCCGAGUGGCAACGUUGUCCGGUGACGCCGCAGGGGUCCGCGAGAAAAUGGACCUUACGAUGGCAUUGGCUCGCCACUGUAUGCACUUCCAAGCGCAAACCUUUAAGGGGUCUCGAGAGACACUGAGCAACGAUACGCUCCGUCUCAUGGGAACCUGUUACAUUCCGACCGAUACGAGUAUCAAGCACAACGACCUCACCAAGCUGUCGCCCAUUGAGUUGUCAAGGGAUGUGGUCAACCCGGCUGAAGCCGCGAGGUUCUUCAAGGGAUUUCUGCAGCUCAGGCCGACACUUUCUUUCAUCCCUGGGGCGUUUCUGGCAAUCAAGGCCCUUAACCGAUUUCCCACGCUGAAUUCUCUGAAAGAGCAAGCGAGUCACCUCGAGAAUGAUCGCAAGGAACACGGCUACGAUCUACCUGCCGUGGAUGCGAACGGGAUUGGUGAAGUGGCCGCCUUUCGCAACGAAGACGACGAUGAGAAUAACCCGCUGAUGCGCGGGUGGGCCUCGUUCAUGAACACGAUGGCUGAGGCCUACCCCGGGCGAUGCGUCAGCAUCGAUGAUACGCUCAAUUGGGGAGCCAGCACCCAAAUGACCUACGAGGACGGUGCGUCACAGAUCACCAUCCGCCCGACUGACGGGUGGGUGUAUGUCCCAGCGAUGAAUUCGGACAUAUACGAUCCUCAGGAGACGUACCUCCACGGAACGAAUCUCCGAUACCUCUGGUCGAUUCUUGCUCACGGAGGCUUGUUCGGAGAGGAUUACGUGACGGAUGAUCAUGGAAGUCACGAACCCUGCGUCUGGGUGACUGGACACGCCCCCGAGGCUGCCGGUAGCUAUGCAUCUGGCACGUACCUCGGCGGAGGCUACUGGUUCCAGGUGAUGAUCUGCGUCUCCCGAACUAUGGUGAACAGCCACAGUCGCACGACAAAGAAGCUGGGGGGAUCCCAGAAACAGAUCCGCGUAGGAACUCGAUUUCUCGAGCUGUGCGGAAUCGCGUUCAGGCCCUUCCGCCUCUUGGAUGACCGCGAGCAAGGGGUUUCUACUUCCCCAAACUACGUCAUCCACGGACACCGAUUCCUCAGUGCCGAUGGGACGAAAGCCGUGGCCUGGCACCCGUGGAUGGAGGCGAGCCCGAUCGAUCCUCGCAUUCUGAAGCUGCUGGGAGACAGUGUCGCGCGCGACAAUGUUGAGUUUGCCGACCUAACGAUUCAGGGGGGCAACACUACCCAACAGGCUGCAUCUACCGAGACGGAGCAGCCUGUGGCGACCGCGGCCGAUGAUCAUGCUGCGGCGAGUGGUGGUGAGGCAACGGAGCGAAUCACCGUCAACCCGGUAGUGCUUCGACGCAAUCACUGGAUGCCCGACUCGUACGGGACGAGUGAGCAAGCCACUGUCGGUGGAAGGUAUGCAUUGCUAUCCGAGCUCCAGUCCUCUAGCUACCGAAUCGAGCUGGCUCCUUUCUUUCAGUCGCGUGCACCCAUGCUGGGUGAGGAAGGCAGCCAAGGCUUGCCCAAGCCUACAAAGCUCGAGACAAUAGCCGGAGGACCCUCCAAAGAGUGGGAGGCAUGGUGCAGGCACUACCGAAAAGCAUACGGUGCUCUGCUCGGCAACUUCGGCAAGAAUAUCAAGGGUAUCGUAUACGAUGAAGAAAAUACGACGGAUAUCAUUGGCGCGCUUAUUUGGAGCCCAGCCGAUGCCCUUGUGGCUGUCUCGAUUCACGGGAUCCGAACGGUCACGACCAUGGCAUCCACGAUUGCAUUUGGAGGUGCUCCGCCAACGAUCAAGCCGGCAGUACCCAGCAAGCCGCAGAGAUUCGUUGUCAUGCACGAUGGCCUGCUAACCUUCAGAUCUGCCAAAUCCUGGCACGCUGGUGAGAUGAACACCCAUCUGAAGAACGCGCUGGCAAGCUUUGGAUUCCCUGAGUCCGAAGUUCGGGUACAGGCGUUUGAUGAGGGCGAAAAGCUCAAGGAGAUGGUAGACACUCUCGAGCUGAUGCAGAGUGACCCAUCUGUCCCGCCAUCGAACGUUCACAUCCUCAUCCUCUGGAAAGGAGACGAGUUGUGGAAGAUGGACCAAGGCUGGAAUAAGCUGACUGGUGACAUCGAUAUGGCACGAUCACAAUACGCCAAAGUGACCGCCCGGGACGCCCUUGAGAAGUAUAACACGAUCUACGGAUCGGUGUCCCUUUGCGGACCAGUGUCACCGAGCAUGGGUUUCCUUCCGACUCUUCCUGGCCCUCUCUUCGAGAAAUACAGAGAGGAGAUGAGGUCGAUCUGGGACGAAAUCAGGAGGUCCAACUUCCUUUCCCUGUCGUUUGACGCUAUCCUGGAAGGACUACCGUACCUGAAAGGAUAUCACAUCAUGCAUGAGUCCAAAACGAUCGGGGUCCUAUGUACCCGUAUCUGCUCGAUGUUUACACUGGCGGCUCUCGCACGAUUUCCGUCUUACGCUACACGACGGGAGUAUCAGAUUGCCCACGAUAAGCUGUGGGCGCGCACUCCAGUUCCGGAAGAAAGGUCGACUGGCACGGUGAAGGCCAUUGUGCACUCCACAGUGCAGGACCUUAUCGAAGGGGCAGAUCGCGGCGCUGAUCAUCGAGCCGCAAAGACCGUUGACAUGAGUCAGCUUGGCUUCGAUGACGAAGAUGAAGAGGAGAUGGCUGACGAUGCAGGUCCGGCUGCUCCUGAGAAUCCGAUUAAACAGGAACAGACGUCUUUGGCUGAUCUGCCGGGUAUUCGUCAUCCGGAUCCGAUUGAGCUGCCCGCUACUCCCGUGCAUGGCCAGGCAAUGCCGGUAUCGCCCGGCCUUGCUCCGGCUGCUGCGAACGAUGAAGAGUCUAGCGAUAGCUCCGAUGGCGACGGACAGCAAGGGGAUGGCGAUGCAGCGAUGCCUGCGGUCAAGAAAGAGGAAUCCGAUGAGGAGUUUAAUGAGCUUCUCGAAGGAAUGACUGAAGCAUUCGAGAACUUGCCUACUCCCCGGGAUGCAGAGCGAACAGUCGCCGCCAAUCGGGAUGCUGCACGACCACCCGCCGUGCCGGCGAUCCCGCUAUCUGCGAUGAAGAAGCCGAAGCCGUUCAGUGGUGUGGAAGCCGCGGGACCUACUGCCGAGGGUCGCCAAGGCUAUGCGCACUUCGAGAGCCAAGUCAGUGAAGCUGAGGCUCGACGUGAACAGGCUGCUAAAAUGAAGGCGCAUAUCGCGGAAGUGGCGAAGGGCGCCACGGGAGUUGAGAAUGCCGAACACCUUCGAUCCAUUGCCGAUGGGCUAGCCAGGGUCAUGGACCCGAACAUAAACGAUGACAAUGUGUUCCAGGGUGCCAUGUAUCCUCCGGGUGACUAUGCGCUUGACGCUGUCACGAACCGGCUGGCCCAGGGCCGACGCCGAGUUGAGUCGAACAGCAAUCUCAUCAGGGAGAUGGCCAGCGACCGAUUUACGCCUGUGCUCAUCAACCGAGAUACUGGUGAGACUGUGUCCGCCAUUGAUGCACGGUGGACCCCGGAGUAUGGAAACAGGGGGGAGCUUGAGGCCAAGGUUGGUGCGAUUAUCUCCAACCUGGAUGCAGUUGUCGCAAGCAUGUCGACCCUUCCUGUGUUCCAUCCGCACAUUCCCUCAACAUAUGGUAUGGCCCGAUCGCUUCUCAACACAUACCAGUCAUUGCAGAUUGCCAUCCGACACCGCGGCAUGGGUGCGAUGUCCUUUGAACAGAUGGUGUUCAAGCCAGAGGACCUUGAGGUUCCGACUCCCGAUGACUGGCCGGACCUUAUUGCGCCUACCCCUGGAAAAGUCAUUCAAUCCAUGCGGGUGGCCCUGGUGAACAACACGGCGGCAAGGUUGACGAGAGAGGACCUCAAGCUGCCACCGGGCUUCGCCAUGCAACGACGAGUGACUGAGUUCCGUAAGCCGGAGGAAGAUCCAGUGCAGAGCCUGAUGGGGCUCACCGAUGACUUGAGCUACGGCACUACUGGUCGAUCUGGGGAUGACAGAUUGUCCCAGUUCCAGCGUAGUAUGGCAGUACAGCUGCGGAACACUGCUGGAUUCCUUGCGAGUGAGUUCCAGAAGCAUGCCCGAUCUAUUGCCGCUUCUUCCUCGCGUCGCAGUGAUGCUUCAGGUGCCCUGAGUAGCCAGGGUGAUGGCGCGGCGGACAACGAUCUUCCGUCCACUGAACAGGUUAGUGUUGCAUCUGAGCGCGCGAUUGCGCCGCCUCCGCCAAACGUGGCUCCUCCUCCUCCGCCUACUGCGGCAGCACCUCCGAGGGCGUCCGAAGAGAGUGCAAAGGAGGAUGACGAUGAUACCAAAAUGGAUGAUGACACGGCCGGUCAGAAACCCGAGCAGAAACCCGAGGAGGACGCAGAUAUGGGUAGCGGGAAGGAGCUGCAAGACGAGGUCCCCGGCAAGGCCCCGCCGCCAGCUGCCCGAACCGCUGAGAGCCCUCCGGAACACGGCCUGCGUUCCAGUCCUCCGAAUGACAUGGUUGCUCAGGGAGCCGCGCUCUCCGGUGCUCGAGGGCCGGAUAUCGACAUUGACCCGGCCAGCACCACAGCCGAUCAAGCGGCAAAUGAUCCGAGAAAUUUCCGGAUCGAGGGCCCUGGUAUCAAGGCGACAACGAUUCAUCGCCCUGACCAGAUGCCCGAGAGGGGUGUCGACUCUAUUGCACCGAUUGUGCAGUAUGAAAUGACGUCCGUCCCGAUUGCGCUGACUGACUUCGUCGUCCCGGGACUCGACAUGGGCAUCGAUGAUUCCGUCCAUGGUCGGCUGGUCUCCGCGACCUGUCUCCCACCGACUGACGAACAGCGCAAAUAUUCGAGGCGCCGAUUCGCUAUGCUGUCCUCGAAUCAGACGGUGUACUUGAACGUCGCACUUCACAAGAAACCGGUGAAAGGAGAUCACGAUUCUUUCCUCCGACCGGAGUCUUACGAGGAUUGCCGCGAGAUCCAUGACGCUGUCCGAGCAUACAAUGCUAAGGAGGCAAAGUUCCGAUCCGUCGGCGGAACAUCCGUGUCAUGCAGCCGAUUGUUGAUCGAUGACGCACAAAACAUCCCUGCUGCCAGGAUUCCGGACGCCGGAAUGAUCAACUUGGUGCGGAAACUGCUGUUCCGAGUGCUGACGCAAACGAAGGAGUAUCCUUCCGCUACUGCCGAGAGAACGCAGAAUCGCCCCCAGGAUCAAGAAAGGGGCAUUCCCUUGUAUUCGCGCUUCGACCAGAGUGGCAUUAUCGCUUUCGAUGUCAUUCCGAUGUACAUGGAGCGUGAGAGGGAAUACAUGAAGGCCAACGCCGGAGAGAACGAUGGCCGAAUCCUUCUCCAGACAAAUAUUCUGGAUGAGCGAGGCGAACCGACCGAGAUCACUACCCGAUGCAUUAUGGAGAUCGCUCGGACGGACAACAACCGAAUGUUUGAGUUCUUCUACUCGACGAUCGACAACGAUGGAAGUCCUCAAUUUGUCGGCAUUCGAGCCACCUACGGUUUCGGCCCUGAUAACUUCAACCGAUUCCGACUGCUGACCAAGUGCCAGCACGGGCCAUUUAUCCAGCUCGCUCAGGAUCAUUACGUCGCUGGCGAGAGGAAAAGAAAUGUGGCCCGAUACCAUCCUCAGUAUGGAUGGGGAUGCGCAACGAUUCGCGAAUUCUUCGGGUACAUGAGCGAUUGCAAGCUCAAUCCUCCGAAAGGACGGCUGUUCCUCACUCUGCUCCCGUAUGCUCCCGGAUCUGGGAACAACAAUGAGUGGGAAGAGGUGUACAUGAACGUCCGAAUGAACCCGGGGCGUGAGACGCUUUCGAACACCGCGUCAUCACAAUCCAUGCUCCCUGAAGGGAUGGGAUCCAACCGCAUGAUCGUGUUUGCGAUUGAUUUGCACAUGAUUGCGGCGGGAAUCAAUCCGAUUGCAUUCCACCCGAGGGGAUAUUAUGCGAUCAAAGACAGUAUCCCUCUCGCCUGUAUGCCCAUUGCAUACUUCAUGGACACGGGAUCCCUCGUGUUCAACACGGCCUUCAAAUAUGUUGGAGGCCCAAAGUUCGGCACUGGCCCCAAGAGAGGAGACCACAAACGAGAAACGUGGCCGCUUGCUAGUUUCGACUGCCCCAUGUGCGGAGCAUCAUUCCCGGUGGGUCUCCACAUGUGUCACUCUUGCACCAAGCCGAUUCAUUAUCCUGAUGGGAUGUUCUACGCCGAUCCUGUAAACCCAUUUCAGGUCGAGUACUAUGGAAGUCAUGCCGAAUGGCUCAACGAGCUUACUGAGCGAAACGAGCUUAAAGAAUUCCGACUUCGCGAGUACCCUGCAAUCAAGCAGCUGAGGAAUUUCCCGGUAUCUAGGUCAAUCGCUGAGGACCACAGGCAAACCGCGUUCUUCGGGGUGCCACCGAUCAAAUGCACUGCAGCUGAUACAUCGCCGAAAGAAGUGGAAUUGUUCAAGAAGAGCGUGCGCGGAACGAUUCAAGGCGCCAUUCGAUUGGACAUCUCCAUUGAGAGGCUUGUUGCCGGUAUCACUGGCAAGGAAGCUCGGAGCGGUGUGGAAGACUUCCUCAACUCGCAGUCGAUCGCCUGUGCAACCACGAUAGUCAAGCACUUCGGCGCGGUCUUCGCCACAUGCCGCGAGAAGCCGCUGUGCUACUAUGCACGAUGGUCGAUCCACUGUCAGCGCGCAUACCGAGUCUGCCUGUCGCGUGGCUAUCUCUCCCCCUUUUACACAGGAGGAACAAUCGAUUAUACCGUCGACUCAGACAUGAUCGAGAAAAUUCGGCUUGCGCAUCUGCCAUUGCAGAACGCCAAUCUGGCGAUGAGAAGGCAAAUUCGACUUUCCACCGAGUUUGGAACGUUGGAUGAGUUCCGUGCCACUAUCACGGACACGCAAAAGUAUCAGCGAUACAUGCGUGUCGAUAGUGAAAGCCUUUCCGCGCUCCUUGCCAAGGUUACCCUUACAACGUGCUACGUCAUUCCGAUGAAAGGUGAACCUGGCUACAUCUCUGACGAUGAAGCUGAGGAGAUCGAAGGAACUGCGGCGGCAAUUGAAAAGCCCAAAGGGAAAGGAAAAGGGGAAGAAGAAGAACCCGAUGUCCAAGCCAUCAAUUGGCGUGAUUUGGACCCUUUGGGGCGGAAGUUCAUCCCGCACCAUACCGAUUCCCGAUUCACGAUUUUUGCUGAUGGGAAUACGGCACUCCUUGAUGCCCCCGAAACGCCUGACGAGAAGCGUAAGGAAUUCAAGGAGUUCAUUCGCGAUCACUCUGUCAAGAUUAAGGAAUGUUUCGAUGAUGAUCGCGCGACUGAGAAGACGUUCUUCAAUCUUGUUGAAGGCGUAAAGGAUCAGCUCCCCGAUACUAAGAGAACUGACCCUGUUCUUAUGAAAAAGAACGAAGAUGUUUUCGAGGCUCUACCCGAUGAACUAGAAGAGCCUCAAGAUCUGUUCGACGUCGCAGCUCAGCUGGCACGACGGCGUGCUGAUGCGCCUCAGCGCAGAGUGCAGGUCACUGAGCAACGGCACGCGUCGAUCCCCGAAGCUCAUGCCGUCCCCGUUCCUCCGGAUGACGAGGACGAGGAUGAUACUGAGCUCGAACGGGCGAUCCGACCCGGCCCGAAGUCACAGCGCACUGGGCGAGAGCACCUCGGAGGUGUCGCUCCUGAGACGAACCCGCCUCCGCCUCGCGAGAUGCCGCCUCCGUCUAAUCCACCGAGUCGGAAGACGUCGAGGCAAUCGGGCUACAAUGUUCCCCACGCCGAAGGGGAGACACUGAUGGUCUCAGGAAGGGCACCCUACUCCGAUCAAAAGGGUCUACCCUUGGUACUGCGAAUGAAGACCCGGGUUCCGGAGCCUGAUUUGGACAACCCGACGAUUGAAGAUAUCAUUCGCAUGUAUCACGCACCGAACACGCUGCCUGUUGUCAGGAAGAAAGUCGCCAAUGUCAUCAUUUCGAUGAAUGCAAAUCCCGAUGACCCUAUCAAUAUGAAGGCGGCUGGCGUAGUUCCUCCCUCUGCCGAGGAAACAGGAGCGGGAAGAGCUGCCUCGCCUGGAGGCACUUCCGCUACUACGCAGGAACGGAUUAACCCUAAGUUCCCUGCACCAAAUACUCGCACCGCUUCGAACCCACCUUCGAAAUCAGCCCGCGACGAGAAAUGGGCUCCUUCGAUUGUGCGGCCAACUCCUGGUCGGGUGAUUACUUGGGGAGCCCCUGCAUUUGGUUGGAUUUAUAAGCACUUAGCUGGACUUAGACAGCUAAGUGGGGCUAAGUCAGACUAA